UCCUCUUCCCGGCGGGGAGCGGGGCCGCCCCGGGCGCGGAUGCCCCCCGCCACGCCUCCCUCCUUUCCUUCCCUCCCGCCCGGGCGAGGGGGAGACGCGGGUUUCGUAAGCGCCUGUCCUGGCCGGCCCCGGCGCGCUCGGCUGGCUGCGGGCAGAGCGGGGCUGCGCGGCUGCCGCUCCCGCGGGCGGUGCCGGGGCGAUGCGCGGUGCAGGGUUUUGUGACCUUCAGUGGAUCUCAUCAGUAUUUUCCACUCAGAGUCCCCCGGGCAGACAGAAACCUACACGGCAGAGCACUGAAAACUCUGAACUGCCCAAAAGGAACGGCAUCUUGCACCAGCUCUUCCUUUUUCCUCCUGUGUUGGUGAGCACUGAGGGGCAUUGUUUAAACCAGGUACUGAAAGGUUCAGGCCAGAGGUUUUCCUGUGCUCUCCAUAGCCACUGCCCAGUGCUGUCCUGAGGAGAAGCAGUGUCAGGAAGGCAGGUGCUGCCCUGAGGAGAAGUGGUGGGAAGGCUGCUGCCCCUUGCCUACGGGGUGUCAGAGUGAGGCUCAUCACAAGGCUUUCCUGUGCUGGCUGCCAUGGAGACCCUGUCCCAGGACUCUCUGCUGGAGUGCCAGAUUUGCUUCAACUACUACAGCCCCCGCCGACGGCCCAAGCUGCUGGACUGCAAACACACCUGCUGCUCGGUGUGUCUGCAACAAAUGAGGACCAGCCAGAAGGACCUGCGCUGCCCGUGGUGCCGUGGGAUCACCAAGCUGCCUCCGGGGUACUCUGUGUCACAGCUGCCCGAUGACCCUGAGGUGAUCGCCGUCAUCGCGAUCCCCCACACCUCGGAGCACACCCCUGUCUUCAUCAAACUCCCCAGCAAUGGGUGCUACAUGCUGCCCUUGCCCCUCUCCAAGGAGAGGGCGCUCCUGCCAGGAGACAUUGGCUGCCGCCUCCUGCCUGGCAGCCAGCAGAAGUCCCUGACGGUGGUGACGAUCCCCACAGAGCAGCAGCCGCUGCAGAGCGGCCUUUCCGCCGAGGUGGGAGCAGAGGAGCCGGACCGGAGAGGUGCUGUGAAAAGCUCCACCUGGUCUGGGGUGUGCACUGUGAUCCUGGUGGCCUGCGUCCUGGUCUUUCUCCUGGGCAUCGUCCUCCACAACAUGUCAUGCAUUUCCAAGCGCUUCACAGUAAUCUCCUGCGGCUGAGGCGGGGAGGGGGCUGUGCUCCCCCAGGGGUUGGGUUGGGUUGGGUCGGUGGUGGUGGUGAUGUGGAGCGAGACAAUUCACUGCAGCUUUCUCCAGUGACUGCAGGACACUGUGCUCCGGGGCAGUGGUGUGCCGGCCCGGCUGCGGCUCCUGGCGGUGUGGUGUCAGGCCUCUUGGCAGCCCAUGGAGAAAAUCACGUCCUGUGUCUGGCGGCAGUGGCACUGAGGAGGACUGCAUGCGUCACCAUAAUCAUUUAUCAAAGGGACUGCAACUUUACAGUGAUCUUUUUUAUUGUGUUAUGAGAUUAAAGACCUCUGUGUAGCUGGUUAUACUGUGAAGUAUACAGUAUGGGCUCUUCUUUAAACACAGUAGAUUAAAAUCAAAACUGCUCCAUGUAGAAUUGAACAAGAACUGGCGUGCAACUGUACGAGGUGUUCGAUACCAGUCCACACAUGUGUUAUUUUUUAGUGGGGGGAGGGAGGGAGACUUGUAAAACCAAGAAAUUGUUUAGCUGGUAAGGCAUUUUAUAUGUUUUAAACAGCACAUUAAUUAAAUCAAUUAGGGAGUUGUAAAAUAGUUUUUAAAAGGAAGCAUUUUACAAGCAAUCAUUUCUUUCCUUGGUGUCUGUUUUUUUGUCUCUCUGUUUUUCCCUACUACAGGGAAGUGGCACUUCCAGCGUCUUUUAUUUGAAGGAGCUUCCAAGAAGGGAAGCAAAGUGGGCUAGCAGGAAUACCUAAAAAUGCAGCCAAAACAGUUCUGCCUACCUGGCCUCUUGUGAAGGAUGGCUUUGCAUGAUAAACAUUGGACAUGCUGUUUUACUUCCAGUCUGGCAGACUUCCUGAUGACCUGGCCUCCAUAGCCGUUAGUGAAGAAAUAGAUCAUGAGAAGUCCUAGGACUCCUGAAAGGAUGUGAUAGCAUAUUGUUCUUAGUUUUCUUUUUCUAGAGAUUGGGUUUUCUUAAAUAUUUGUAGAGAAUUUAGACCUAUUUUGCCUCCCUCUUUCCCAGAAAAUGCAACCGUGCACCUAUUAAUGGUGUGAUAGAGGAGUUGCUCUAAGGAAGCUUCACCAUCCCAACUGAUGCAAUCAUCUAGUAAGACACAGUGAUGAAGAGGUAUCUGGGAGGAGAACCCAGACCAACCUAACCUUUUAUGGGUGGGCUACCCCUCCUAAACCGCUGUGGCUGUCCUGGUGUCAGAAUGUCCGGGUGAGCAUAAUGGAGCCUAUUCCCCUAUUUCAGUCUUAUAAAUGUUGAUGUUCAUAAAGACAGAUUUGAAAAAAAAAAAAAAGCCACAGGAAGUGUCUCCCUGUGAGUGUCAUGACACCCCAGCGAUUUGCAGUUCGCUUCUUGGGAAGAGGCAAAUUCCUGAAUGUUCAUUGUGGUAGCGCCUUGCUUUAAGCAGUCCCACUAGCUUUAGUAGUACUGCUCAUAAGUAAAAUAGAGCUUAGUGUGAAUUUGGGUAUUUGGCAAGUCUAAAUGCUUAAAUUUGUGUGAGGUUUAGGGAUUGGAUCAAGGGGCACAUAACAGACCUUUAAGAAGACACUGCUGAUUUGCGCUGCUGCUUUUUGCAAGUACAAAGCAUAACCUUUGAAGUGUGUCCUCUUGUCAUCUACCUACUGCUGUUUCUAAUAUUUAGAGAUUGCUCAAGGCCAUAUUAUAACACAGUUUUGACUAUGCAGUGCCCGAGUUUGCCCCAUAGACGUCCUUGGGUUUCUGGUUAUGUCACAAAAUCUAGUUGCUGGUUCACAAUAAACAUUCUCAGCUAAGACUUCUGUCAGGAACAUACCUCUAACUAUAUGCUGGAUUUCUUUCCUUCUCUGUUCCUAAAACACCAUUUGCUUCCUUGAUUCCUGUUAACUGAUGAAUAGAAUAUACGGUGCUUAGUUGUUAUGGUGUGUGUUUGGUCAUGUAUGGAGAGGAACCAUUGUGCUGAUUUUUAUCUACUGUCAUAUGUAUGCAUAGCACAGCAAAAAAAAAAAAAAAUUCUUCAGAUAACACAUUCAAUGCCUUUUUUGUGCAAGGCCCAGUUGCAGUAUGCCUUGAACCUGGCUUGUGAGCAUUGUAAUUACGUGGACACCUCUCUGCAGCAUGUUUCAUUUGGUUGCAGUAGGGAACAGCAGGUGUUCCUAAAUGUGUCUUGUGAACGUGCAAGUCUCUUGUUGUCAGUAGGUAGCCAGAUUUCUACUGAUAUCCAUGCUACGCUGCUUAUUGUGUAAAGGAAAGCCAGUUCACAAAGAAAUCUUGCCUUUUGUAAGACUCUGGAGGAAGUGACCAGAUACAGGACUCGACCCUCUACUGCCUUACUCUGUCGCAAUUGCUGGGUGUACCAGGAGCACAUGGCAUAGGUGAAAGAUGCUCCCAGAACAGCGCUGAUGCAUUUUGCACCAGCUUCUGUGUUUGGUUAUGUGAGUUGUCUGUGAAUGCACAAAAAUGCAAGGCAGUCAAAGAGCAGGUCCUGGCGAUACAGUGGUGGUAACGUUGCCUCCUUCCAGCCAUACCUGCCCGACUGAAGCUCUUGAGGCCGAGGUUUGCAAAGAACGACUGUCUUGAAAACUGCCCUCUUCAUCCCUAUGUGGAAGGCGCAGAAUGAAAGAGAAAUCAGAAAUUAGGUUAAAAUACCACACUGCAUAACACAUUAUACAACAGGCAGACCUGGAGUUUAUCCGGUAUUAAUGACAUAAGUAUUAUAUUAGCAGAAUACCAUCCUGUACUACGUAACACAGUGCAUUGUUUCGUUAAUACGAACUUCCUGUACUUGUGCCUGCUGAAAUGCAUGUUUGACCUAAUUUCUGAUCCAGACAUUUGCCUGCUUUCAGCCUUGUGUAAGAGCAAUAAGUAAAACCUCAAGAUUUUUGCCUGCGUGUAUGCGCAUGGUGUGUAUGUUCAUUUCUUUUUAUAAAUAGGAGUUCUGGAAAAGUUUUGUUCUGGCUUUAGAAUGUGACUAUCAUUUUAAAUUUUCAGCUGCCAUACAUGUUAGAUCACCUAGCUUUUUUGCUGACUUGUGUAGGAGUGAACUAAAUAGUUUGUUCUAAUGUACAGUAUUAAAAUGUUUCUCAAGUAUGUCAAUAGUCAUACUACUUUAAAAAUGCAGUGCAGUUUGUCCCAUUCCUUGGUUCAAUACCUGGCAUUAAAAAGCGAUACUGCUAUUUUUUUUUUUAAUUAUUAUUAUUAUCUUUAAAAGACAAGCUUGUCUUUGUAAUUUUUCCUCUGUGGAGAAACGUAUUUGGACUUGUGUCAAAAUCAUCAGGUUCUGGGUUAAUUUUUGUCCUCUGGUGUCCAGUAAGAAAUCACUGCCCAGUUCCACCAAAAAGAAGGAUGGAAAAUUACUGUGACACAGUACUGUUUGAGAAACCAAAACUUAUUCUGAAAUGUGCACCUGCAUUUUUAGAGCACAUUACUCUGUAUGAAUGUGUAUUUAUUUGCUUGUUUAAUGGGAAGGAUGUGUGUGUUGGGGUCCAGCUUAAGUUUUUUUCCUGGAUGGUCCCAAUAUCCAUUGUUGACUUGUGCUUUGCUGGCAAACAGACUUUAGGGUUCACUCAGUGAAAUUUUGUUUAGUGAAUUUUAAAAAUUCAAAAUAUGCAAUUUUGGUAUGCAGGAUUUUUUUAGGAAAUUGUGUGUUCAGUGAUUGUUCAUGCUUAACUAAGAUGUAAAGGAGCCUGUAUGUUUUGUAAACAUGGAGCAGUCAUGAGUCCAAAGUUUCAUCUUUAUUAAUGAAGCUCAGUCUGAAUAAAACAUUAGCAAGAAAAGAAUGAUAGCAAGUGAA